AUGUCUGAAUCCUCAAAAUCGAAAUCUUCUAACUUAAAUGCUACACCUAGCUUACAAUGUAAAGAUCUACACGAGUAUCUUAAAAGUCGGUCUUCUCAGUUUUUGGAGACUCUCUACAAUUACCCUACAAUUUGUUUAGCAGUGUAUAGAGAAUUACCAGAACUGGCUCGACACUUUAUAAUUCGCCUUCUUUUUGUCGAACAGCCAGUCCCACAGGCAGUUGUAGCAUCAUGGGUCACACAAACACAUGCUAAGGAACAAAGCAAAGCUUCUGAGGCAUUAACAGAACUAUCAGUAUGGCAUGAGGCACCUAUACCUGGAGGCUUACCGGGAUGGUUGUUAUCACAGUCAUUUAAGAAAAAUUUAAAAAUUGCUCUUUUGGGUGGUGGCCGCCCAUGGAGUAUGUCACAAACCUUGGAACCAGAUGGCAAAGCAAGGGAUGUAGCAUUCUUAGAUGCAUAUGCACUUGAGCGAUGGGAAUGUGUUCUUCAUUACAUGGUUGGCAGUCAGCAAACAGAAGGAAUUAGUGCUGAUGCUGUAAGGAUAUUGCUUCAUGCUGGACUCAUGACUAGAGAUGCGGAGGAUGGCUCAGCGGUAAUAACUAAAGCUGGCUUUCAGUUCCUUUUGCUCAGUACGGCUAAACAGGUAUGGUUAUUCCUUCAACAUUAUCUACACACUGCGGAGAAGAGGAAUCUGAGUUCAGCGGAAUGUUUAGCUUAUUUAUAUCAACUCAGCUUUAGUACACUUGGAAAGGAUUACAGUACAGAAGGCAUGAGCAACAAUAUGCUGAUGUUUCUACAGCAUUUGAGGGAGUUUGGACUCGUCUAUCAGAGAAAGCGCAAAGCGGGUCGCUUUUACCCCACGCGUCUGGCGCUGAAUAUAACCUGUGUUCGAGAUGGUAUAGCGCCGUUGGAAGCCAAAAGAUCGCAAGGGUAUAUAGUCGUUGAGAGCAAUUAUCGCCUCUACGGGUAUACGCAGAGCACAUUGCAAGUCGCUCUUUUGGGCCUCUUCACCGAGUUAAUGUAUAGGUUCCCGAACUUAGUGGUCGGGGUGAUAACUCGUGAAUCAGUGCGUCAGGCGUUUCGAGGUGGAAUCUCUGCGCAACAGAUCAUCAAGUUUCUGGAGCAGCAUUCACAUCCACAGAUGUUGUGCGCUGAAUCUGGUGGUAUAAAGACAUCAUCACUUCUCCCGCCGACAGUCGUGGAUCAGAUCAGACUCUGGGAGAGUGAGAGGAACCGAUUCACGUACACCGAAGGAGUGGUCUACAACCAGUUCCUAUCACAGGCUGACUUCGUAGUAUUACGAGAUUAUGCGCGUGCGCAGAGCGUACUAAGUUGGCAGAACGAGCGCACUCGUACUAUGGUUGUGACAAGACCGGGACACGAUGACGUCAAGAAGUUCUGGAAACGCUACUCAAAGUCUUCGUAG